AUGACCGGAUGCCUCAGGGAGGGGGUCUUCCCCCCCGAGUGGAGGAGGGCCAAACUGGCCCUCUUCCCGAAGGAGGGCAAGGAGCCCGGUAGUGCGUCAGCCUACAGGCCGAUAUGCCUGCUGGGCGAGUGGGUCCGGGACUUGACCCGGGCGGUCGUGGAGAUAAGGGGCGGGGUGUUGCUGACGAUGUCGUUAGACAUUUCCAAUGCCUUCAACACCCUGCCCUGGCCGGAGAUAGGACGGGCUCUUGAGCACUUCGAGGUGCCCGCCUAUCUCCGAUGGAUAAUAUCCGCCUACUUCGGGGACAGAGACCUUGCCUUCACGAAGGAAGGCGGGGUUCUAGGCUGGCGCACCAUGGAGCGCGAUGACACGUUAGUAGCCGGGGGGAGAGGCUGGGAGGAAGCUCGCCUUCGAGUGGAGGCGGCGCUGGAGUCUGUGGUGGGCAUCAUCAAGGGCCUGGGACUGAAAGUGGCGCUCCAGAAGACGGAGGCCAUGUAUUUUCAUGCUCCCCGUCGAGGAGCGCCACCGGAAUCCCGACUCCUGGUGGAUAGAAUCCGCGUCCGCGUUGGGCCCACGAUCAAAUAUCUGGGCCUGAGGUUGGACGGCCGCUGGAAUUUCGAGGCCCAUUUCAGGAGCCUGGCCCCGCGGGUCUGUAAAGCAGGCCUGGCAUUGGUCAGCCUGAUGAGGAUCCAGGGGGGCCCCGGAUGGCACGCUCGCCGCCUCUAUAUUGGUGUGGUGCUUUGGAUCGCUCUCUACGGGGCGACCAAAUGGACGCCCCGACUUAUGGCCACCGCCCGCAACAAGAGUCGCCUGCAACAGGCGAUGCGGUCGGUGGUCGUGAAGGCGAAUCGGGGGGUGAUGGAGCUCCGCGAGGAGGGCUAA